AUGAUGCCACUCAUUGAAGGCAUUGGAGAUGAAGUUACUCUAGUCCUUGGUGGAUUUUUACUAUGCGUUAUCCUGAUGUUUGCUUGGUUUUCCACCCACACAGCAGAUAUUCCACUGCUGCGUGAGGUCGGAGUAAUUGUCGUUGAGCUCAGCCAGAGGCGGAGUCGUUCUCAGAAUACUGCAGGCGAAGAAAGGUCAACUAGAGUCAAUAACGGCAGCUCUAUAGAACGUGAAAAUGUUACCGGAAAUGAAGACGUUCAAAGGGAUGAAGCAAGCACCAGUUUAGAUGAGACUUCUAGUUCCCAGACCAGAACUGGGUCGGUUUCUGAAAGUCCUGCUGCUCCCUCAGCUGUGCCAACAGAUGAAAGUUCUGGCGUUAAAGAACCCGAUGUCCUAACAUCACAUUUAGUUUCAGGACAUGCAGAAGGGUCAUCAGAUGCAGCUGUGCUAGAUGAAUCUGUACCGAAGGCAUCUGUUGUUGUGGAUGACAGCAAAGGAUUUACGUAUUCCACAGAAGAAGACAUUAGACAGCGGAGAGUUCAUUACUUCAAAACCAAUAAGCCGGAAAAUGGCAGUAGUGAAGAAGAUGCCGCACAACCAAGGUCUGAAGGUAAAUCAUCUAGUCUUUCGGGAAUGCAGACUUUGGACAGAGAUAGCCCAGGAUUGUUGAAUGAUGGAGCAGCUGUCAAUGAUGCUUCUAAUUCAGACCAAACCAGAACAGUAAGGGCAACACAGGAACAUCUUACAUCCACAUCAGCAGUGAACCUGGAAAAUAUUGCCUCCAGUUUGCUGGAAGAAAGUAUAAAUGUUGCAGAGGAUUCAAGCUUGCAAGAAGAAAGUUCAAACCAGUCAAAGAUACGAGUCAAACUGAAGUAUAUGAACGAAACCCAGAGACUUGUCUACGCGGAACCACUUGAUACGAUAGGAGAGUUUAGGAGAAAUAAUUUUCAGGCGGAGUUGCAGGAAAACAAAUGGGUCCGAUUCAUUUACAACGGACAGGAUCUACGAGACGACGCCCGAACUCUGCAAGCCUGCAACAUUUGGGACAACUGUACAGUUCACUGUCUGAUCACUGCCCAGACUGAGACACGCCUGCCGCGGGAUGCAGUAGCAGACGAUGAGGAGGACUCUAUCAUGGGGACGAUGAUGUACCCGCUGUUUACGAUCAUUAUUGUAAUUGUGUGGUACUUCAGAUUUACGUACAGACAAUACUUCAGUGCCAUGAGCACGGUCUGCCUCAUUGGCAUCAGCUUCUUGUUGGCUCUCAGUUACAUUUCCUCCCUGAGGACCGCCGACCGUAACCCUCCGCAACUCAGGGUCGGCUCCUCGACACCUUCGACUGCUGGGGGCGGACGAAGUGGACAACAGGAAGAGCAUCAGCAUGCAGACUGA